AGUGUACUCUGUCACUGAAACUAACUUACAGCAGACAAGUUUGUUGAUUCACCAUUUUUUUGUUUUCUCCUGCACUGAACACAAAAACCUGCAAUGAUGAGACGGGGAACCAGCCGCACUUCUCCAGCAAGCAGCUCCAGUGCAUACCGUUACCGCACACGAGCUGCAACCUGUCAGGUGGAUGAAUCCUUGUUUUCAACCCCAAAACUGAAGAACAAAUAUGAAAACUCAACAUUCAAGGUCAUGACCAAAGAGAGGGAGACUGUUCUGAUUAUCACCAAAGACCAAAUUCGCAGUCUCACGGUUCCAAAGGAACGUUCACAAGAGCCGUUACACCUGUCAUCAUCUCAGGUGCAGCGAAUCCUCUCAUCCUCACGGGUUCUCACAAAGACAGAGAAUGAGGCCCAGAGGCAGGCUUAUCAGAAGAAGAAAGACGAGGAAAUCACAGCUGCAGAGGUCAGGAAGCAACAAAUCAUAGAGCUGGACCUACUUCGUAAGCAGAAAAAGCCACAGACUCAAGAGGUGAUUGCAGCCCGUGACCGAACUCGGAGGUUUCUGGAGCAGGCCAACGAGCUGCGGAUGGAGCAAGAUGAGGAUAUCAAGAAGGUCAAUAGGGUCAUCCUGGAGGCUCAGUGUCAGGCCAAACGUGAGAUCCAAAUCAAUGAGAAAAAAAAGAUCCAAGCGGAGAUGGCAGAGAAGGAGAAGCAUCUCGAUACCAUGAUGGAGAUGGAGCGACGUAAAGCCGUGGGGGCCAUGGAGAAGAUUUGUGAGCUCCACAAACAGAAGCUGAAGAAUGGGAUGCUGCAAAUUUGCAGUCAAAUUCAGCAGCGUCGAGAGGAUAAGAAAUUUGUGAAUGAGAUGAAGAUGCUGGAGAACGAUCUGACUCGAGAGGAGCAGGAGAAAAUGAAGCAGGAAGACCUCAUGGCCCAGCAAAAAAAGAGGGAGGAUCAACAGCGUUUUCGGAAGGAGAUUACAAGAAUCAAUGCUGAGACCAUGUUGGCCAAAAAGCAGAGGAUAGAAGAGGAGAAGCUGGCUGACGUGAGAGAUAAAGAGUACAUCGCAAUGAAACUGAAGCAGGAGGCAGAACAAGCUGCAGAGCAAAGCCGCAUCAAGAAAUCCAAAGAGAAGGAGAUUGCUAAGUUGUUGGCUCAGCAAAAAAAAUCAAAAGACAAGAAGGCGCAGCAGGAUGAGGUCUAUGCACGAAUAGUCAAGGAAAUGAAGGACAGAGAAUGGAGGAGAAAAGAGAAAGAACUGGCUGAGAAGAAAGCACAAGCAAAAGCCAUGAUGCGUUCAGCUCAAUUGGAGCACCAACGCUCCAAAGAGCAACAAAUGCUUAUCGAGGUUGGGCGUCAGAGGAUGGAGUUUGAUAAGGUGAUGAGUGUGCAACAAGAUGUCGCCAUUAAACUGCAGGAGAAGGAGGAGCAGCAGCAUCUCAAAGCACAGCAUUAUAAAGAGGCACUGCAGCGUCAGCUAAAAGAGCGGGAGUCUUUAGGCAAAACUCAACGCAAAGAAGUCUUUAAGGGGGUUGAUAAGGAGAUUGAAGAAGCCCACCAGAGACAAAUGUGCCUUGAUAUGAUGAAAGAAAAGAAGCUAAAUGCCUUCAAGGCUACAGGAGUCUCUGACAAAUACUAUGCUGUGGUACAUAGGAAAAUCUUUGACAGGAAGGCAGUAGUCAACAAAGCUGGAACAGAAGAGAAACAGCUGAAGGCCCAGUGGCAGAUGAUGCUCUCAGGCCUACAGGCUCAAGGUAACCUGCAACAGACAACCUGCCUCUCACCUGUACCGGCCAUCUCUCUUGCAUCAGCCUGCACUUCUCAACUACAGUCCCCUCCCAGCCACCUUGUUUGUCCAACCUCUCUCUCCCUCUAACCUCGCUUUCCUCCCUCAUUCUUUCUCUGUUGUUGCUUCAGACACAGGUUUAAUCCUGGUGAUCUGUUUUGCCCAACAGUUCAUUGCAUUAAAAAACAAACAACAAAAAAAAGACAAAAUAGAGCAUUAAAAAAU